AAUAUCAAAGUUUCAUGGUGAUCGCAUUUACAAUAAAUAUUCAAUUGUCAAUACUCAAUAGUCAAUACCGAUUACCAAAAGCCAAAUAAAUAAUGAAUAACUAUUAACGGUAGAGUAAAUAAUAACUGUAUAUUACUAUAUUAUCUGUAUAAAAUGAUGUACGAAUAAUUAUAUAUUGCCUGAAUUCUAAAUUAUACAAAUGGAACAGUAUUUUCCGACGAUUAACGAAGGAAAAAAGUAUGAGACACGUUCUACAAUGGGUUCAAAAAUGAAAAUGAACAAAAGUAUAUCUGGAAUUGUAAUCCGGAGCCAUAAAUCCAUUCUGAGUGAUGGAAUAUUAAUGAAAUCUGGAAUAGGAAAACCAUCAAUUUACCAUGCACUGGUCAUUAUAUUCUUAGAAUAUUUUGCUUGGAGCAUACUAACUUUACCAAUAAUAUCAAAAUUAAACAAUACAUUCCAAGAUCAUGCUUUGCUUAUGAAUGGAAUUAUUUGGGGUAUAAAGGGUAUUCUAUCAUUCCUAAGUGCCCCAUUGAUUGGUGCCUUAUCUGAUGUUUGGGGACGAAAAUUAUUUCUAUUAUUAACAGUGUUUUUCACUUGUAUUCCAAUACCUUUUAUGUGUAUUGAUUCUGGGUGGUUUUUUGCCUUAAUAAGUGUUUCUGGAUUAUUUUCUGUUACGUUUUCCGUUGUAUUUGCUUAUGUAGCAGAUGUCAGUGAUGAAAAAGAAAGAAGUUGCUAUUAUGGCUGGAUAACUGGAACAUUUGGAGCUAGUAUGGUUUUUGGACCCGCUCUUGGUUCAUACAUUAUGGAAAUUUACAAUACUAAUUUUGUUGUAUUUUUAGCAUCUUUAAUAGCACUUUUAAAUGUAUUUUUCAUUAUUGUUGCUGUGCCAGAAAGUCUACCACAUAAACAACGAACAUCUACUAAUUGUAUAUCUUGGAAAAAAGCAGAUCCAUUUGUAGCUUUGAGAAUGGUUGGUCGAGAUCGAACUAUAUUGAUAUUGUGCUUAACAGUAUUUUUGUCAUACCUUCCUGAAGCAGGAGAGUACUCUUCAUUAUUUGUUUAUUUGAGACUUGUUAUGGGAUUUAGUAUGUUCAAAGUAUCACUACUUAUUGCUUUACUUGGACUGUUCUCAGCAGUUGUUCAAUCUGUUCUUGGCAUUAUAAUGAAAAUGAUGGGAGCUAAAUACACAAUAAUGAUUGGUUUGGUAUUUGAAAUCAUGCAACUUAUGUGGUUUGGUUUUGGUUCAGAAACUUGGGUUAUGUGGUCUGCUUGUUUUUUGGCUGCCAUUUCAAGUGUUACAUAUCCUGCUAUCAGUUCGUUUGUUUCCAUUCAUUCAGAUGCAGAUAAGCAAGGUGUUGUUCAAGGAGUAGUAACCGGAGUAAGAGGCCUUUGUGGUGGAUUAGGACCUGCAAUGUUUGGAUUCAUAUUUUAUUUAUUUGAUGUUAAUUUAAAUGAAGGAAUGCAAAUAGCUCAUACUACUCAUCAUUCACUUAAUAGUUCAGUCACAAUUACACAUUUAAAGUACAAUAUAAAUAAUAAUCCGUCUUCUUCGAUGAUUCCAGGACCACCAUUUGUCUUUGGGUCACUACUUGUUAUGUGUGCAUUACUAGUCUCUGUUUUUAUUCCAGAAAAUGUUCCAAAUAGCUCAGAUCAACGUCAUAAACAUAUUGGUUCAUCAACUCAAGUACAAUACCAAAUAGGUCGAAUAAAUGUUCAAUCUUAUCUUUAAUUGGUUGUCUAAUCACAUAUUAUGUUUAGUGUUAGUUUCUUAAAAAAAGAACAAUAGUAACUACCUUCUAUUAUUUGUGUUAAAGCUUAAACAUAUUUUAAAUGUAUUGGUUCACAUCGAGUUAAGCUUAACACAAAAUAAUUAUUAUACAAUGUCUUUAAAAUGAUUCCUACGGAAGCUUUAUUUAAUUUAUUUAAUAAUUUAUUAUUUAACAUAGUAUUAUAAAUUAUACACAAGUUGUUUUAAAACUUGUGCAUCACUAUUAGUCAUAAAUAUAUAAUCAAUUUAUAAAAAGUUUUUUCUACAAAUUUUUCUCCAGUUAUUAAGCAUGAAUAUAUUAAUUGUAUUAAUUUAAUUUUUGUAUUAUGUAUACUUUACUUAGAAUAUUUUUAAAUAAUUAAUUGGAUGAUGUUUGAUGACAUAAUAUGGAAAUAUGUGCAUUAAAAAAAAUCUAUUUAGUUGUAUAAAAUAAGAAUUAAGUAUAAGUGUACUGUUCAUCGUAUUAUAAAUUAUUCUCCAUACAUAAUUAUUAGUACCGUCUCAUAAUUCUCAUUUUGUCAUCAAUGUUAUUGUAUUAUGUUAAAUUUGUAUUUUACUCAUAACUUAUUUAUACUUUUGAUCUCUGUUAAAGUAGUUAAAAUUUUAAAAACACUAUUAAGUUAUUAUGCACCUAGUUAUUUACCGCUCGUACUUUCUUAGAUAAAAAUAAAUUAUGUAAUAUUGCGUCGAUUAGGAUUUGCUAUUUAUGUAUUAAAUCUAUAAGUGCAAUGUUUUAAUGAAAAAUAAAAUCGAUUUAAUUCGUA